ACGGGGAAACCGUUAGACGAAAACAGCGGGAACCGUUUAACCUUGAUUGACUGCAUUGAUCAGCCGACCGACGUGUCGUGUGAUGAAGUGCUUGUGAGCAAGGCGUGCGCGAUUUUGUAUGGAUUGACUGCAUUGAUCAGCCAACGGAGGUGGCCCGUAAUCAAGCGCUUGUGAGUAAAGCGUGCUCGAUUUCACAUUGAUUGACAGGAGUGGGGGGAAUUUAGCAACGGGAACAAGGGGGUAUGGUACAGUAAUUAAGAUCCGCUGAUCGGGUCGCACGGUGGCGUUUCCGCUUCCCCCCGCCGCCUUCCCCUCGCCGGUCUGCUUUCCCGCUGUUGUCGGAUUGAGAAACUGUCUCCGGGGUUUUGUCGACUCUGUUAGGUGGACCCGACUCCGCUUUCGGUAUCCAUCUCGAUCCUCUCUGAGCACUGUUCGGGGGACUUGGACCGUUUGCUCGUUAAUUAUUAUUGUGCAGACCAUCCCUAGCUUGUCCCUCCGUCUUCUCUCUCUCUCUCUCUCUCUCACUAUGGCCCCCCGCCUCCCCGCGCCACCUCCUGUCGCCCUUGGGUCUCUUUUGUCAUCUCAUUGAGGACUGGCAAUUAGAACGGUUCCCCCUCCAGACCUGUCAGAAGCGAUGGAACGAGGGCGGCAGCAACGGUCCUCGUCGACACUGCGGGCAAACAGGUUGCAGAGUGCGGUUGUGAAGCGGAAAUUCGUGAGAGCGGAGUUGGCGGUGCACAGUGCUUGGGGCUUGUAGGCAAUUGUGUAGGAGGCAGUUUGGGGAAGAUGGGGAGGAGAAGCCGUUGUUGAAUGACGAGGUUUGAGGGGCGUUGGAAGGAGGUGGAUUGAGAGAGAGCAUGCGAAGACGUGUCAUCGGUCUCGUCUCCUGCGAAAGAGCUCCAGAAGAGAGAUGCUAUUUUGCGCUGGCUGUCUGUAAGUGCUGACGUGGCAAAGUCGAGACGAUGACCGUCCAACAGUGCUCCCCCUCCUUCAGCAUCCCUCCUCCUGCGGGCGAAGAUGGCUUGCUCACAGAGAAGGGCACUGCCCUUGUGCAGUUGCUGCAGAGGCAGAGGAUGAUGUUUGAUCUGCAGGUUCAAGAGUUGGUGAGGCUGGUUGCAGUGCAGCAGGAGCUGACUGGGAGUAAUCCACUGAAGGAAGAGCUGGUUUCGCUUAUCCUCGGGGAGAAAUCAGGGGGUGAACAAAAAGGGGAAGCCUUGUCCACCAGUGCCGUGAAGGAAUUACUUUCAGUAUUUGCGCUGAAAGAUACAUUGACGAAGGCAGAGGUGCGGCUGAUCAGUGCUGCAAAUGGCAUAACUCCAGCUCAGGUGAAGGAGUUCUUCACAUCGCAGCGCAAGUGUGUCCGAAGGUUGCUGCUGCAGAGACCAAAGUUGGAGGGGGAUGCAGAGCAAUCCCCCCUCCAAAUGGAAGGAGAUGGAUCCAACGGGCCGAGAAUAAAGUCUUCCAGUGAGAUGGAUCCGCAGCUCUUGGCGAUCGUGGACAAGGUAUCAGGUGGUCUUGCAGGUGAGAGUGUGGCACAGAUGAUGGUCCAGCUAAUGGAAGCAGAGGAGGGAAUGGCCGGGAGAGCAACGCUUGCUAAAGUUCUUCUAAGAACAAAACAGAGACAGAGCUUGACAAGGCUGGUAGAGCUGAAUUGCGUGAAGAUCCUUGGGAGCUGGCUGCUGCAAGCAUUGAAGGAGGAACAAACUAGUCUCUUGCGUUCAUUAUUGAAGGUUCUUGAAAAAUUACCGGCGCAGAAGUGUCCGACUGUACAGCUACUUGCAGUGACAAAGAACGUGACUCGGCUCGGGUCAUAUUUUGUUCAGGACAUUGGAGCAAUGGCCAAGUUCCUUAUCAGUCGGUGGAAAAAGAUGUCCUUGCUGGAGAAGGUGGUUGUAGAAGAGAAAAAGAUUGCUGGCGCCUCCGCAGUUUGGGGAAAGUGCGCACCACAGGCAGCUAUAAAGAAACAAAUGGCUGGUGAAACUGGUAUAGCAGCUAGGAAAGCAGCAGCAGGGUUUUCGGAAUUGGCUGGUCUGAAGAAAUCUCCAACCACUGAUGCCAUGAAUCUAACGAAAGCUGGCGGUCUUUCUCAGAAACGAGCGCCGGACCUUACUGGUGUGAUGACGAAGUCUACAGCAGCUCAGCAGGCCGAACCACCGAACAAAAAGCUGAAAACAGGCCCAAUUUCUGCGACCGGUAGUGCUCGUUCAACGUCAGGAUUUGAUAAGCUUUCCGUCUCAAAUGGCCUCUUGGAGAAUAGUAGGCAGGGGAAGGCGGCUUUUGAGUUGCUGCAGAAGUGAGUAUGGUUUUCCUUUUGGAAGGUUCCCGGAAUGAAUAAGCUAAAGGCAC